AUGUGGGCAGCGGCCCCUCUCCUCCUCCUCCUCCUCCUCCUCCUGGUGCUGCGGCUGUGGCGGCGCAGGGCGGCGCCGCUGGAGGCGGCCGGCCGGGCCGUGCUCAUCACCGGCUGCGAUAGCGGCUUCGGGCACCUGCUGGCGCUCCGCCUCCACCGCCUCGGCUUCACCGUCUUCGCCGGGUGCCUCUGCCCCGGCGGGGAGGGGGCGCGGCGGCUGCAGCGGGAGGCCGGGGUCGGCGCCGGCCGCCUCCGCGUCCUGCGACUCGAUGUCACCCGCACCCGCGACGUGCUGGCUGCCAAGGAGCUGAUCCUCAGCCACUUGCCCGAGCGAGGUUUCUGGGGGCUUGUCAACAAUGCAGGAAUAUCAACAUUUGGCGAGACAGGGUGGCUGUCUAUGGAGAAAUAUGAAAAAUUUGCAGAUGUUAAUCUCCUUGGGAGCAUCAGGACAACUCUGGCAUUUCUUCCCCUUCUAAGGAAAUACAAGGGACGUAUUGUUUUCAUGUCCAGCAUUAUUGCCUAUUUUGCUCUGGGAAAUGGUAUUUAUUCUAUGACCAAGGCAGCUAUUGAAAAAUUCUGUGAUGCUCUGAGACUGGAAAUGAAGAAGUUCGGUGUCCAGGUCUGCAUUAUUCAGCCAGGAAAUUAUGCACGCUCUACAAAAAUUCAGCCACCAAUCAGUGCCGAAGAGAUUUGGAAUGAACUCAGUGAAGAGGAAAAAGCAGCUUACAAUAAGGAGUAUGUUCAAGAACGCGCAAACUUUUUCAACAGCAUACUCAGCGAAGGAAGCGCUAACGGCAAUGAAGUCGUAGAUGCUAUGGUAGAUGCUUUAACAUCUCCUGCACCCAAGGCGCGUUACAUGGUAGCAAAGCUGAAGGAAAAAGCACUGGUGUUUGUGUGUGCUUUAUUCCCAACUGUUGUAAUGGAUUGUGUUUUGUCUUACGCUAUGAGUAAAGUAAAACUUGCAUAGCCUAUGUUGGUAAUAUUCAGUGUCUCAGGCGGGGCACUUUUUUAAAAAAUGCGAAAGCCAGGGCUGAAUCUAUUGCCCCCAGAAAUCAGUAGAAUAGCAUCAACUAUCUGAUACAAACUUUGGAAGAUCUCCCUAGUCAGAACUGUCACUUAUUCGUAGGGAAAAACAUACAGGACCCCACAUAUAAUUUAUAUAUUUGUCAAUGUAACUUUAUUUCUCCCAUGUGGAAAAAACACCUGGCCACUUAUGCUGCUUUAGGUAUUGCCUAGAAAAUUUAAUGCAGCUUUUUCUAAUGCAAUACCAGGUUACUGUGUAACAGUCAUGAUCGAGACAAAGGGGAGCAUAUCCUAUAGGGCAACUGCACACCUGAAAUCAUGACAGCAGAGGUGAAAAUACCUUAUCUGUAGGAACCCAAAUAGUAAUUUAUUAGGGGUGAUGGGAAGAGGUUAAUGGAAAAGCUAGGAAUGAGCAAUAGACCUUGAAAUACUUUAGUUAAGUGGCUGUAGAAAGUUAGGAAGUGUCGAAUAAUAGAGAUGUAAGGUGUUCGGGAUAACUCUGUACAAAGCCAAUAUAUCAUGGACUUUGGAAUAUAAGUAGCAUAUUCCAUUUACAAAUGAAUA